AUGUCAUUCCCGUUGUUCAUGGCCAUCCUUGAUCUAGUUGUUGGAGCUAGAUGUCCUCCAAACGUCCGUGUUCUUCUGUCGUUAUCAAUCUUAUACUCAUUGUCCCGUGCAUACUCCAUUGCUUUAAAGAUCGUUUCAGGAGAAAUAGUUUCGAGGUCAAAACCUUUUCAAGAGCGGGAGUAUGGUGAGGACAUCAAGUCAUCAUCAACCAAGGAGCACGGAACCAAAAGCCAUGAAGAGGAGAGAAUGAAGCUGAGGAGAGCUAAGGAGACAAGUGAGCUGAGUUCAGUUCAAAUGGAGGCCGUGAUCAAACAUCCAAGCUCAAGAAACACUUGGAGAUCAUACUCAACUCAUCCAGAGUUAGCCACGAAGAAUAAUCAGCCAAAAAGGAGUUCAUACGAAGCAGAUAUUGAAGAUACAUUCUGGCAGAUCUUCAAUGGACUCGAUGGAGACACGCGAUGUAGUAACCCUGGUGUGAGAUGGGGAGAUUUGACUAAUGGACUUCAUGGAGAGGAGCUAGAAGUCAAAUAA